AUAAGGCAGCGCACGGGCAGAGCAGUUCAUAGUAGCUUCGAAAAAAAUAAAUUUUAAGAAAAUAAAACUGAGAGCACAGCCGGAAAAGUUGAAGCAAGCAGCAGUAUCAGAAACGUCGUGCAUAGCCAGAAAUUUUCUACUGUCAGAUACAAAUAUAUAUUCAGAAACGUUUCACGAAGAAUUCUAUGCUACACAGAAGUUAUUAUAAUUAACAAUUAAAAAAUAUUAAAAAAUAAAAUUGCCAUCAAACAAAUGCAACGGACCAACGCCAUUUAAGUGAUACAACAAAACAAAUAAAGUUAAAACAACAAAAGUGCUGUGAUUUCCACUACAAACAACAACCAACAAACAACAAAUGUUAAUUUAAACUGCAAAUCUGAAGCAAUCAACAGCAGACAUUAACAACAACAACAACAUCAACAACAAACAACAGCAAAUUGUGAUAAAAAAAUAAAUAAUAUUAAUUAAUUAAUUGUAAAAGUGAUACAACUAAAAGCGUAAAGCCGUCGGCGAAUCAUUUCAAAAACUAAAACUACUGGAGGAAAAAGGAAAAAAAAUUACAAUUUUCGAGAAAUAAUUUUUUCGAAAAAAGUCGAGCGAACGAACGAACGAAUAUAUUCGAUUCGAUUCGAUUUUCCAACCAAAACCCCACUCGCAUUCAAAACAGAAGAAGAAUCACUGAAAAUGGAUGUUAUGCCAGCUCCAUUCUACAUUACUUCAAUCAAAAAUAACGAUUGGAAAGGCAAACUGUUACCGGUGUCUAUCGAAGUAAUCGACGACAUUGUGCCCACUGUGAUGUCCAAGAAGGCCAAGACCGCUGCCGCUAUAAGCGGUAGGUCCACCACCACCACCACCACCACCACAACCACCAACAACACAGCCACUUUGGGCCAUAGCAGUAUUAAGCACAAACAGCCGGCCAAUAGCACCAGCGGUGGCCAAAGCAAGAAGACCAAGCCCAGCAACAGCUACUACACCAAGGACGAGCUGGAUGAGAUGGAGGAAAUGAUGGCCAGCUACGAUACCGAUGAUCGUUACAUGAAGGCCGUCAAGGAUCUGUCCAUACGCAUGCUCGACGAACUGAGGGCGGCCAAGUCCAGGCAUCUGACCUGCACCGAAGUCUCCCUACCCUGUGAUCUCACCCCGAACGUGGCAAGGGACAUUGUCCGUGUAUCGGAGAAGGAGCCCUGCGGCAUUCGCGGCUGCACCAUCUACAUUGAGUUCGAGGACGAGCCACAGAACUCUAGGCGCAUCGCUACCAUCAAAGUGGAUCCCGAUACGGUGUCCACAUUUGAGGUAUAUCUAACCCUGCGACAGGAUCAUCGCGGCUGGACGUCCCUGCUGCCCCAGUUCAUGAAGAGUCUGGCCCGCACGAUCACCAUCAGUCCGGAGUAUACGAUUACCAAGAAUAAGCUAUACUCCGCUGAUGGUCUGGGUGCUCGUCGUAGCUAUAGCUUCGGCAGUCAUACCCAUAGUCCAAGUGCGGCCAUUGCCACGCCCACAAACUAAGGGCGAGCAAGGACGAAGGAUGAAGGAGAAAAAUUAAUAAAAACACCACCCCUGUGAUGAUCGAGAGCAGUAGUUUGUUGCAAGAGCGAUAUUGCAGAGCGACAACGAAGCAAGUAUUCGAAGCCACCCCACCUACACACCCACACAUAACACACACACACACACACACACACACAACCAACACACACACACAUACACAUUAGGGUACGCCAACCACACUCUCAUUACUAAUACUAUUUAGAAGGGGGCCUGAAGCCUGCGAUGCCUCCCAGGCCCCAAAACAAUUUUUGUAAUUGUGACUCUCACCACCAUUUUACUUAGAUGCGUAGUGCUAUAACAAAUAACUAGAGUUUUAAGUUGUUUCUCCUUUUUCAACAAAAAACGCAAAAGCAAAGAAAACAAACAAAAAAUAUAGCGAGUGGAGCGGAAGGAAGGAAAAAACAAAAAAAAAAAAAUUAAAAUAUAAAUAUAUAAAGUAAAGGGAUAUAAAAAAAAAAACCAACAUGAAAUUCAAAGACGGCAGCCCCCAAUAGGUCCUGGGAAGAAUAUUUUUUUUUGGGGCCUUGGCAGCGGGCUCGCCGGUCGACAACUCAUGAAUAUGUGAUACUGUUUAAGAUGCUAAGAGCCCUUCUGCCGGCCCAUUCGAAUCCGGCAGAAGUGGUGUUGAUAAAAUUACACAUAACAUACAACAUACAACAUACAGAAAACAGCAAACAAACACCCACAACAGACAACCAACAAUAUAAGAAUUAAAUGUGAACAGAUUUUUUUUUUCUUUUUUUAAAAUUGUAUGCUAAAUAGUAAUUUAAAAAAAAAAAUACACACACACACACACACACCAUAAACCAACAACAACAAAAAACAUAAACCAACAAAACAAACAAACUUGAUCUUGGUAAUUUUUAAAAUUUAACUUUAAAACUGAGAAGAGUAGAGGAGAGUAGAGAAGAGGCCUCCAUCCCAGUGAGGUGGACGGAUAAGAGAACACACGCUCCAAUUUUAGUUAGACGCAGCUUGCUGCAAUAAAAAUUUUUUAAAUUAUUAAUUAAUAUUAAUUAAAACCAACAAAUUUUAGGAUUUUAACAAAUUUUUAUGUAUUAUUAAAUGUAUAGCGCGUACUACACACCCACACUACAAAAUAAAAAUUAAAAGAAAAAAAUACAAAAAAUCCACAACACAAAAAAAAAAUUUAAAACAAGAAAUAAAUUAAAAUCAAGCGUAAAAUUUAAGGCAAUGAAUAUCUCAGUAAAUGUGAAAGCGUAAAAAAUUUGUAAAAUUUUUUUGUCUGUGUAAAAACUCCAAUUGCGAUAUAAAAAAAAAAAUUAAAACUUAAAUGUAGCAGCGAAAGGAAAAUCAAGAAAAACUUCAAAUAAAAUUUAAAAUUUAAAUAUAAAAAAAAAAACAAAUGCAAUGCGAUAUAAUUUGUAAAAAUUACAAUUAACGUAAAAAGGAAAACUUAAUGUUCUCACAAAUACCCAAAAAAUACACACACUUCCAUAAACACACACACACACCAUCCAUAAACACACACACACCGACAUUAAACACGAAAGUAUCUAUUACCAGCAAAAAGUAUCUAUCAAAGCGAAAAACCUAUUUAUUAAAAAAAAAACAAAAACCCGAGAGAGAAAGAAAGAAAUAAACAAGCAAAAUACGAAAAAGUAAAUGUAUUAAUUUUUUAUUAUUACAAAAAAAGCAAAAACAAAAAAUAUAUUGUAUUUAAUGUUAAGUUUUUUUAUUGCGUAAAACAACAAAUAAUUGUGAGAAAUUUGUAACCAAAACAAAAAAAAAAAAAAAACAAACAUUUUGUGAAAAAAAAUCACACAACACAUACAGAGCAAAAAAAAAAAAGGCAAAAAAAAAAAAAUUACAAAAAUAAAAGCAUAUAAUUUUUCCUGCGCUAGCGGAAAAUAAUUGUGGAAAAAAUUAAAA